AUUACCUCCGUUAAGUGCGUCUCGUGCGUCUCUCGUCCUCGGCUCAGACUGACUGAGCUGAUUUACUGAGUCAGUGAGACAGUGAGGGUCUCGCAGCGGCGGACAUGUCUCUACCGUUCACACAGAACAGCUGCGACACGAGCAGCAGCAGGAGGAGGAAACCUGCGGAACACACACAAGAUCCUUUGCUGGAGCAUGAUCUCCAGUCAGACGACAGCCAUGAACACGUCCAUGACCGAAGUCAACCGGUCAUCUCCACAAACAGCUGCUCUCCACCUGCACAUUGCUCCACAUGUCAUGCACUCUGCACAACAAAGUGCAUACCUGCACAUGCAUGUUCAGGCCACAGUGCAUGUGAUGAUACGUGGGAAGAGAUUCAAAGUAAAAGAACCAUCAGAGCAGAGAACGAAGUGGAGGCCAACAAACUGGUCAACAACUACAGGUUUGGUUUCCGGAAAUGGAAGAGCCACGUGACCGAGCGUCCGUUUGAAGGCCGGUCAGAGGUCGUGAAAGAGCUCUACUCUGAGCUGAACAUCAUCAAACCACAACCAGACCACACAGAUCUGCACUCUGUUGUUGAUCUCAUCCUCAUAAAAUCAAGUCGUCUAAUCACAUGUGGAAAUGUCCUGUAUGUGUUUCUCUUUGGUUGGUGGGUCUCACUGGCAUAUUUCCUGGUGGGAUUGCUUAUGUUCAUCACUGUCACUGGAGUACCAUAUGGGAAACUUUGCUGGAAGUUGUCCUGCUACUUCAUGUGGCCUUUUGGCAAGACAAUCCACGAGAUUGGAAAUACGUUGAGGAGAUGCUGUGAACAAGCACCAGACUGUGAAUGCAACAUAGAUAAUGUGGAUGAAAACUGCCCAGUUCUGCUACCUUCACCCACAGAGGUGAUGGAGAUCCCAGAACAACGUCCUAUCACUCCCAUCUGGCAUCGUAUCUCCACAUACGUGUGGUUGCUGUUGGGAUACCCUCCCCUGGUGGUCAUCCAUUCCCUGGCCUGCUUCUUCUCCUGGAUCCUGAUCUUCACUAUCCCAGUUUCGAAGAUGAAUGCACGGACCAUGACGGUCAUUCUCCUCCUGCCUCCUGAGGAUGUUUCUGUUUCCUCUUGCUUACGGAGGAAGAAUCAAAGCUAUGAGACCAGAGCACUUCUGUGCUGUUACCAUGCUGUGAACUGGUACUACUACAAGUACACUGUUGAUGGGAUCAACGUGUUUGCUGUCAACCUUCUCCCUUUGGUCAUAGUUGCCAUAGUAAUUGGAUAUAUUGACAAAGAUAACCAGUACGCCGGCUCUGCAGUCAAGUUCGCCAUAGCACUUGGCUCCAUGAUACCUCUGUCGUAUUACAUUGGUAUGGGCAUUGCCAGCAUCUCAGCGCAGAGUAACUUUGCAGUGGGUGCAGUGGUGAACGCUACCUUCGGCUCCAUCACAGAGCUGACCUUUUACAUCACAGCUCUGCUCAGAAGUCACCAGGAAUCUAACAAGUGUCUGCAGGAGGUGGUGAAAGCUGCACUGACUGGCACGCUGCUCGGCUGCAUUCUCUUUAUUCCUGGCAUCUGCAUGAUCAUCGGUGGGCUGAGACACAGUGAACAAAGAUUCAACAGUCGCUCGACAGGAGUGAGCUCCGCUUUGCUUUUCAUUUCUGUAGGAGGUGUCUUUGCCCCCACACUGUUCUCCAAGGCUUAUGGGAGCCUGGUGUGCGACGCCUGCACCAACUACACGGCGGGAAACGCCAUGAGCAGCGUACAGUUUGUCUGCCACAACUGCCACUAUGAUCUGAACAACGGUACACUGUUCCACAACCAUGUUCAGCCUCUGGUGUACUCGGUGUGUGUCCUGCUGCCUGUCGCCUACAUCAUCGGCCUGAUAUUCACACUGAAGACGCACUCCCACAUUUACAACAUCCAUGUUGGAGGAGGACAGGUGAGCGGUCAGCACGGAGCGGUGGUCCACUGGUCACGGUGGAGGUCACUGAUCAUCCUCAUCAUGGCCACCGUGCUCACAUCGGCCUGCGCUGAUCUUGCCACCGAGCACAUCCAGCCCAUUCUGAACCAGCCCAACAUCUCACAGUACUUCAUUGGGGUGACAGUUCUUGCUAUGGUUCCUGAGAUCCCUGAGAUUGUGAAUGGGAUCCAGUUUGCUCUCCAAAACAACAUCAGUCUAAGUUUGGAGGUGGGGAGCUGCAUUGCUGUGCAGGUCUGCAUGCUGCAGAUUCCAAUACUGGUCUUAUUUAAUGCUUUCUAUGAUGUGGGGUUUGUGCUGUUAUUCAGUGACCUGCACCUGUGGGCCAGUAUCUUCAGUGUCAUCGUCGUCAACUACAUCUUCAUGGACGGGAAAUCGGAUUAUUUUCAGGGUACAGCCCUGGUGGUUGUCUACCUCAUCCUUCUGGCUCUGUAUUACUUUGCUCCAUACCCUGCUGGCUGCUGAGGGAGGAUCAUUCAUUUUUAAACCUGAAGCAAACACAUUAUCAAAACCACUCCCUGUCAGUUGAAUUUACUCUCACAAGAUUUUACCUGAAUGACAAUGUGACAUUUUUAUUCUCAGGUGGGUACUUCCUUCUUUGUUUUUUUUUUGUUUUUUUAAUCACACCUACAUAUAACAUAUUACUCCUAACACUAUGAAGUUUUUCAGCUGACAUUCAUGUUUGUUCUGUCGUCCUAAGGGUUAAACUGUGCAGUUUGUUUGUUUGUCUUUACAAUGCAAUGGAUAUUGAUAUUUUUGCACAUAGUAUUUUGAUAAAAUUACUGUUGUGAUAUAUUUGUAUACUUUUUUUUUUUUAACCAUGUGUAAAUUAAAUGUAAAAUGGUUUGUGUGCGGGAAUGACUGAAAUGAGUCAAAGUUGCAUGGCUGGCUGUGCACAGCAAGAACGAGAACUGUAAGGACGUUUUAAGUUUCUAACAGUUUCCCAUGUUCUGCCAUAGCUGUAUGUUCCUCUGUUCCAGCUCUGGUUCCUAACUGUGUGUUAACCUUUUAACACCUUUUUUUUGCUUAUUUUCACGAUAAAAAGGGUCAGAAAAUGUCCUGUGA